AUUCCUGUCAGAGAGACACUGAAGAAGAGAAAAAAGACUUUCUUGUCUUCACGUGUGACGGACCUGGUUCUGCCUCAACCCUUCAGGUGCAGACGGAACUAUUGAUAAAUCAACAAUAUGGCAACAACAACAAUCAACAAUAUAUCGAUCUUCAUUCCCCUUUAUAUCCUGGGUGUGGUUCUGAUCCUCCACAUAGUCAAAGCAGAUGAAAAAACAGGGCCCAACAAGGAUGACCCCAUCCCCGCUACCACCUUUACUAUCAUCCCCAUUACCACCCUUACUAUCAUCCCCACUACCACCCUUACUACCACCCUUACUACCACCCUUACUACCACUCCUGCUCAUACCCCCUCAGCCAAUCAGAACAGUCCUACAGUUACUACCCUGCUCCAGCCAGACAACCGUGACGCUAACCUUACCAACAACAUCACCGUCGGUAGAGAUGGCAACCAAUCCCAAGACCAGAACGAAGAUGGGGGUAUUGGAACCUUGUUGGACGACGUGACAACGUUUGCCAUGGAAAAGAUGUCAUCGGAGGUGACCACCAGCCAAUCUGAGGAAUUUGAGGAAGUGGAUGACAAGUAUACCACGACAUCAUCACCGGUGCUGAUAGAAUCUACUGGAGGAGGCAGUGCCACAGCAGGCUAUGUAAUCCUGAUUCUCAUAUUGUUAGUCAUUGUGUGUCUGGUGGUGGUUCUCUAUAUCCUGAGGAAGAAGUCAAGGAAGUAUUCGUUUGACCUGCACCUUGCGGGAUACGACCACGACACCCCACUCACCUGCAUGGAACAAGCCGGAACCUUCGAACCCAAUGAGAAAGCUGGAGGUUUUGAGUACGUGAUGGGUGGUGGUGAUGACCACCAGGCUAUGAGCCCUGUAGCCAAUGGCUCAGCUGGGGAGGCGGGGUCCACUGGAGAGAACGGAGAGAAGCAGGGUCAUGGUGAUAGUGAUGGUGAUGGCGACAGCUUCGACAACUUCUGUGACUGUGCGAUUACUCUGACUCCGCCCUUAAAGAGGGUGGGCUUUAGCCUGGACCUGGACCUGAGUGACAAGCAGUCGGACAAAUCAGACAACGGGGAGCAGAAUGGGAACAACAACAACGUUGCCAUGGAGAUGACCCCUGAGCCUCCAGGCCUGACCUUUGACCCUGUAGGUCCAGGUGACGUCUUCAUUGAAGUCAACCUGGAUAUAUAGAAGACACAUACAGUGUUGUAAAAUGGUAAUGUUCUGUUGUGGUUGAUUUAGAGAUUCAUGUAAAAAGCUUCAAAUAACUUUUACUUCCCUAUCUUUUAUAUUUUUUACGGUUUUCAUUCCGUAUGUUUUUUUUAGUAUUUCAAGAUAAAAAAACGAAUGUUUAUUGUUUUUUUGUUAUUCAUUUUAAUAAUGUUUUGCGCAUUAUAAUAAUCGCAGGAGAUGAUGCCAAGUCACACGGCGAUUGUUUUUGGAAUAAAACAUACUUUACAGAA